CGUUCCUCGUCAGUAGUUUGACUUUUCACGCAGUCGGUAAAUCAGAAAUUUAAUAUGAAGACUCGUAAGUUGCAGAUCUAUUCGUACACCUCGUCGGUGGUCCUACCGAAUAGGUUAUCUUUAUAAAGUUUCAACUCCGUUAAGGGUGCAUUAACAAAUAUUUUUCAAUCAAAACCAUUAACACCCCCUUAUGAUCAUGUUUGUCAAGUUGGCGACCCUGUUCUACGAAUGAAAGCGACACCAGUAGACCUCAAAAUAAUAAAAACGCACGAAUUUCAAACGAUACUUCAGAAAUUAAGUAAGGUAAUCAAAAAAUAUGAUUUGGUGGGAGCGGCAGCGCCACAAAUCGGUAUUUCUUUGCAAAUAUUUGCUAUACAAGUAACGGAAGGGCAAAUUGCUCGUGUAACUCCGCAAGUAUGUGAGGCAUAUGAAAUGGAACCACUACCAUUAACGUAUUUUAUUAAUCCGACUAUAAAGAUAAUAAACCCGACACAAGUAAUACAUCAUGAAUCAUGUGGGAGUAUAACCGGUUUUGGCGCCUCAGUUUCAAGAGCAAAAGAAGUUGAAGUCAAAGCUUUCAAUCAAUUAGGAGAUACAUUUUCCUGGCAGGCCAAAGGAUUGGCAGCUAGAAUUAUUCAACAUGAAUAUGAUCAUUUACAAGGUAAACUUUAUAUUGAUAGGAUGGAUCCAUCUACGUUUGAGUGUCCAAUUUGGGAACUGAUAAAUGUAAAAAAUGAUAUUUCUGAAGAGGAACCCCUCGCGGGAAGCAUGAGAACGGUGUUUCUUUUAGACAGGUUAAGAAAAUCUCCGUGAAAAGCCCGUGCACAGAACUUUCGCGCUACACGGCCAUCACUUGCUGGCCACAGGACCGUGACUACGCACUAUAUAGACCUGGACUCUGGUCACUUCUUAUAUGUAUAUAUAAUGUUUAAUUAUUUUAUAAAUUUUCACAGUAAUUAUGAGAAACUUUUUUACGAGCAUUAUAGUUUUAUAUAGUAAUUUAUUAUCUUCUUAAGCAUUUGUAUAAAAGUGAAGUACGGAAGUAUGAAAAUAAAAUUUGGUAAAAAAGUAAGGAAAAUUAAUACAAGAUAAUAUUUAUUUCUUUUCGAUAAAUAAAUUAAGGAAAAUGAUGUUUUAUAUGCACAACUUAGUAAUUUUUAUUAUAAACUUCAGAAAUAUUUACAUAAGAACAGAAAAAAAUUAG